AUGAAGACGGCCAGUCGGUUGUUCUACCUUUCCGUCUUCUCCCUGUGGGCAACUCCUUCGGCCUGCUCCUCGUCGUCGGACAGCGAAUGCUCGGUAUCCUCCAAAUCGAUCGUGCAAGACGCGUGCGCCUCGUACGCGACUCUCGAAAAGCUCAACGGCAACGUCAAGCCGAACCUGGACCACCUCGUCCGAACGUCCGACUUCUUCUCUCACUACCGCCUCAACCUCUUCAACAAGGCGUGCCCCUUUUGGGACGAUGGGAACGGCGUGUGCGGGAACAUAGCCUGCGCCGUCGAGACGCUCGACAACGAGGAGGACAUCCCGCCGGUCUGGCGCGCGCACGAGCUGGGUAAGUUGGAGGGGCCCCUGGCCAAGCACCCGGGAAAGACGGAGCAGAGGGCGCAUCCGGAUCGGCCGUUGCACGGCAAGCUGGGCGACGAGGUCGGCGAGAGCUGCGUCGUCGAGUACGACGACGAGUGCGACGACCGUGACUACUGCGUCGUCGAGGACGAGAGCGCCACGUCCAAGGGGGACUACGUCAGCCUCCUGCGCAACCCCGAGCGCUUCACGGGAUACGGCGGCGAGGGGGCGAAGCAGGUCUGGGAUGCCAUCUACCGCGAGAACUGCUUCCAGAAGAGCUCCUUUCCCCACUCGGCCAAUCUCGGGUCUCCCCUGUGGCCGGCCGGCCCGGCCGUGCAGGACUUCAAGCAGGUCCUGCAGUCGGCCGGCCGCCAGGCGCAGCUCCAGGCCGAGCGUCUGCGCCAGCCCAACGUGCCCUUCGUGGCCAGCACGGGCUACGAGGCCGAGGACGAGUGCCUGGAGAAGCGCGUCUUCUACCGCGUCGUGUCGGGCAUGCACGCGAGCAUCAGCGCGCACCUGUGCUGGGACUUUCUGAACCAGACGACGGGCGAGUGGCAGCCGAACCUGUCCUGCUACCUCUCGCGCCUCCACGGCUUCUCCGACCGCAUCAGCAACCUCUACUUCAACUACGCCCUCGUCACCAGGGCCGUCGCCAAGCUCGGCCCCUUCAUGCGCGGGCCGCAGUACACCUUUUGCACCGGCGACCGUUCCGAGGACGAGGCGACGCGGGCCAAGGUCCUCGAGGUGACCAACAUGGCGGCCGCGGUGCCCAACAUCUUCGACGAGAGCCUCAUGUUCGUCAACGGCGAGGGCCCAUCCCUUAAGGAGGAUUUCCGGGCCCGCUUCCGCAACAUCAGCCGGCUCAUGGACUGCGUCGGCUGCGACAAGUGCCGGCUCUGGGGCAAGAUUCAGACAAACGGCUACGGCACCGCCCUCAAGGUUCUCUUCGAGAUCGACAACAACAGCGGCGAGGUGCCGGUCCUGAAGCGCACCGAGCUCGUCGCCCUGUUCAACACGUACGCCCGCUUGAGCGAGUCGCUUCGCGCCAUCGGCGAGUUCAGGAAGAUGGUCAAGGGUCGGGCGGCGGUCGAGUCGGACGAUGCCGCCUCCCCUGCCCGGUCCACGCCUCGCCCCGUCCACGUGACGGAACCGGCGGUCGCGGAGAAGGCGUCGGAAGCCAGCGUCCCCGAACAGCACGGCGCCCCGUCGGCCGACGGGAGCGAGGCCGACCGUCUCCUGCCGGACGAGGAGAGCGAGGCGGAGAGCCUCGAGGCGAAGGACGAGGACGAGGACGAGGCGGAGAGCCUCGAGGCGAAGGACGAGGACGAGGACGAGGCGUUGCGCGAGUUCAUCGCUCUGCGCCGUCAAGGACCGAGGAGCGACUCGUUGUACGACCGUACGGCGCACGAGAUGGCGCAAUUAGGCGUCGCCGUCAAGAUUGUCAUCCGCGGCUGGCUUCGCGCACCAAAGCUGUUCUGGCACAUCUUCGUCACCGAGCUUCGGCGCCUGUGGCAGUUCUGGGUUGGACUGCCGGUGCACCCGCGGCAGUGGACGAUUCAGCUCCCAGACUUGAACCGGGCCGAACUGUAG